UUUCCCUCGUGGCGCCGUGUUCGUAUAGACCAAUAGCAACGCCAGUACGAGGUAUGUCCAAUUAAAACGGAGGGAUCUGUUAACCAAUCAGAUUUCCCCGUUCUGACCGCCGCUGUCACCGCAGCCAAUCAGGUGUCGGGAAACAGAGCUCCGGGCUCAACAGCUUGUUGUUCGUGAAUCUGUUCGCAGAGAGAAGGAAGCGGAGAGAAAACAGAUCACCAUCUUCCGAGCUGGACUCCCUCAAAUAGCCGGCGAGAUGAAGGCAGCAGAAGAGCCUCCCUACCUGUCCGUGGGGACGGAUGUUAGCGCCAAAUACAGAGGAGCCUUCUGCGAGGCCAAGAUCAAGACCGUGAAGCGCAUGGUGAAGGUCAAGGUGAGCCUGAAAGGUGAGAGCACGUCUCAGGUGGUCCAGGACGACCAGGUGAAAGGAGCCCUGAAGGUGGGCUCCACGGUGGAGGUGAAGACUAACGAGGGUCUGAGCAGCGAGGCGGUCAUCAGCAAGCUGACAGACGCCAGCCUCUACACCGUGGUGUUUGAUGAUGGAGAUGAGAAGACUCUUCGUCGUACGUCUCUGUGUCUGAAGGGAGAGAGACACUUUGCAGAGAGCGAGACUCUGGACCAGCUGCCUCUCACCAACCCGGAGCACUUCGGCACGCCGGUCAUCGGGAAGAAGAAGAACCGCGGGGGGCGGCGCUCCUCCCAGGCUGU